CAUCAUUUUGUCACCACGGUCAGUUGCAGUUCAUCAGUCCCUGCGGUUGGUGAACUGUUUAUAUAGUGCAAGACAAAUUUGAUCAAGGAUUUCGUGUAAGUCCUGGUUCAUCAGGCAGAAGUUGGGUUAUCCAGGAACUUCAACAGUCUAAAAUGGCUAAAGGGCAGGGCUUUUUGGCCCUGAGCCUGACGGUUCUAUUGGCAAUGGUAUACGGUGGACGAGUGCCCAGAGGUGCCGAUUUCAAAGCCAUCAACCAUCGGCACGUGGACAUCAGGCUUCCGCCCGGAAUAAAGCCCGAGUCGUACUUUUUGCAAUUGCAGCCAUUCUUGGAGCAGGACCUAUUCCGCGGACACGUUUUCAUCAACAUCACGGUGACCUCUGACCUGGAGCAGCGCGACCUCAUCACUUUGCACGCUGGUUCCAAGUUGAAACUGAAACACGUCACCUUAGACGAGGUCUACCCUGCGGGUCCGUUGGCGCCGACGACGCCCGCCCCAGUUUUAGAUGCUGAGGAGACGACUGAUUUGCCUGAAGAAGUGGAGGAACCUCCGACUGUUGUCAGCGUGGACAGGGAGCCGCAGGGUCAACUCCUGCUCAUCAAACUGUCUAAGGAGUUAAUACCUGGCUAUUCGUACAGGCUGGGCGCCGAAUUUUCAGGACAUAUCAACAACAAAUCCAGUGACGGAAUCUUCAAAGGUCAUUAUGUUAACCAAGUUACCGGCAACACACACUUUUACGUGGCCGCUCACUUCAAACCAAGCUUUGCCAGAACCGUCUUCCCCUGUUUCGAUGAGCCGGAGAUGAAAGCCGUGGUCACUGUGUCCAUCGCUAGACCAAAAGAGACCGACCUGCGGACAAUCUCAAACAUGCCUCACGUCUCCACUUUGCCCAUGGUUAACGAUAUUUCCUGGGUCUGGGAUACUUUUGAGGCGUCGCCCCCGAUGUCUACCUACGCGAUCAGUUUCCUGACCUCCGACCUGAUGGCAGGACCGCGUGAGGAGGACGAAAUUGUGCGCGUCUUCUCUCGCCCGGCGCUUGCUGAAGAGACGGAAUACGCAAGGAGAGUCGCGCCGAAGGCGCUGGACUACUUUGAAAAGACCCUUGGAGUGCGAUUCCCCUUGCCUAAGCUGGACUUGGUUGCUCUUCCAGGGUUCAACGCCCCUGUCCCUGCUGAAAACUGGGGACUUGUUUUUUACCGAGAGGGUGAUAUACUAAGCGGAGGAAAUGGGUACAACCGCUGGGUCACCUCGUACGUGGUCAACGAACUGGUCAUGCAAUGGAUCGGUAGCUUAGUGACCCCAAAUUGGUGGCAGGACGUGUGGAUGAACAGGGCCCUUGCUAACUUCCUGGCUAGAGGCGCCGCAUUUCAAUUGGAACCGGCAGAGGAAAAGUACUCUCACGAACAAACCCCUGCAGCUGCCGUUUAUGCACUUUACUAUGAAUAUAGCAAGAGAAGCCCCUAUGCUCGCCAGCCAUCAAUGAAGGAUAUAAUUUCUGCUACUAAAGCCGAGGUGGUUAUCAGAAUGCUCAAUUUCACAAUUUCUCAAAAAACGUUCAUGAACACAUUGAGAGAUUUCAUCAAUGACAGGAGCUACAGCACCUACACACCAGAGCAGUUCUGGGCCGCAAUUGGCAAAAGGGCGCACAGCGAAGGAACCCUGCCUUUGGCGGUCAGUUCGAAGGCCGUUGCCUCUACUUGGAUGAACGGCAAUAGAAUUCCUUUGCUGACUGUUACCCGGGACUACAAAGGAAACAUCGAUUUAUCGCAGCGCCAAUUCAUUAGAGACCCCGGUUUUGAUGACGAUGAAAAUGUGGAAGACGAGUCUCUGUGGUGGAUCCCCGUUAUUAUGGCACCCCAGCGCCCUGACGGCAGGGUGGACAUUGUGACGAAAGCCCCUGCCCUGUGGAUGCCACCGACUAAGCAGAUUGAAAAUCUAAGCGAUCCAAGCGAACCUGAAAAUUUCCUCAUUGUUAACCCGGAGGAUAUCGGUCUGUUUCUUGUGAAUUAUGAUACACAAAAUUGGAAGCUGCUGGGCAACCACCUUCUGAAGGAGGAAGGCCGCGUCGGGCCGAGUUCAAUCCCACCAACCACUCGGGCAAAACUGUUGCACGACUCAUUGAAUCUGGCCAUGGCUGGCGCUCUGGACUUUGACACUGCCUUAUCAAUGGCCAGAUUCCUCAAAUUCGAGAGGCAAUUUGAACCCUGGCACCCGUUCUUCAACAUGGUCGAUGUUCUCUCCAAGAGGUUGGACGGUACAGCGGCUGGGAAAUAUUUCGGGAGAUUUGUUUUGCGUCUGGCGUCUAAUUUGGAUUCCAGCCUUGGUGAAGCGGGUCUGCCUAAUGAGCCGGCGUGGAGAGGAAAAUUGAGGAGCAACACUAGGCACAUGCUUUGCUCUUUAGGAGAGGAAAAUUGCGUAAACAAGGCAAGGGAUGUUUUCGCACGAUGGGUUAGAAGCAAAACUCCUGACGUCAAUAUCCCCGUUCCAAGCAGAGUUUUCUGCCCUGUGUUUGCGUUUGGCUCAAAAGAGGAGUGGAACUUUGGCUUCGAACGGCUGGGCCAUUUGACCGGCGCCAAAGCCUCGGCAGAUCGCAACUUCCUCCUCAAGACCCUUGCGGGCUGCCCGAGGGACCCAGCCAAAAUUGAAAAGCUGCUGACUGCCAGUCUGUUGAGCAAAGGAACAAAGGGAGAGCCUUUCUCCGAGUCGGACAUUCGCUUGAUUUUGGGUGAAAUUUCCGGCAGACACGCAGGAUUCACCGAGUUGUUUAGAUUUUUGAAGACCCACUGGAAACAACUAAAAGAGAACUUCCACAGCCGACCCCACUUGUGGGUUGCCCUUGUGACUGCCGCGACCUCUAAUUUCAAAACUGAGGGAGAAUUGAAAAUGGUUGAGCAAUUCAUUGAAGAGCACCAGGGUCACUUCGGGUCAGCCGUCGAGGGAGCUCUCCAGAAAUCUUUGGAGCGUGUCCAAUUUGAAGCUGCCUGGAGCAAGAAGCACCUCGACGAGAUCGAGAACUGGCUAGCUGGCCAAAUGGCGGAUUAAUUACAAGCUAAUAGCUUAAUUUGCAAAUUGCAUGUAAAAGAAACGAAUUUUUGACAUAAUAGUAUAAAUAUUACGUAUAUACUUCAAAUUUUAUUAAUAAAAUGGUGCACUCAAA